CCGUAUUUGUUGUAAACAGCUGUUUACUGAUUUCUCAUCGCGUCGUUUACAACAAUUAAUAAUAUUGAUAAUAAUUAAUAUCAAAACAAUGGAAUCACCCAUAUCAAAUCCUGUGACAAAGGAUUUUCAGGUGGCUGGCGUUUCACGUAGUGGACGCGUACGCAAAAAAUCGUCAAAACUGUUGGACUUCGAGUCCCCAGAGGAAAUUGAAAAGCGCACUAAACGACCGGGCAGGCAACCAGCCAGAUAUCCAGGACGCGGUCGACCACCCAAUGCGCUGCGAGAGCGUGAACAAGAAUUGGCGCUGGCCUACGCCGAGGAGGAGGACGAAGAGGAUGAGCUGGAGCACAAUCACAAUAUCUCCGAUGAGGAGACCGCAAUACCCACAAUUGGUGGCACUGCCGAUCUACGUGGCGCCCUUAUGAACUCUGAUGAUGAGGUGGACACAUUGGUCCAAGACCUGGUCGAGGGUGUCGAAGCGGAGGCCUCCUACACGAACGAUUCGCGGGUUCGACAGAGUCUCUAUAUGCGAGAAAAGUCAAACAAUAAGCGUAAGCUGCUCAAGGACAACAAAUUGCAAAGAAAAGACAAAAUGCGGGUGCGCUACACGGCCUACAGCCUGUGGGUGCGAGAGGUGCGCAAACGCGACUUUCCAGAUCUAGACCUUGCCAAUGCGGCACGAAGACUCAGCGAGCUGUGGGCCAAUGUGUCCAACAGGGAGAAGAACGCCUGGCGCCGCAAAGCCAAGGUGCUGGCAGCCAAGGCGCGUACCCGGGAGAAUAAUGCACCAGCUGAUUUGGCCACAGCGCAAACACCGUCAAAGGCAAGCAAUGGCAGCGCCUCUGUGGCAGCGGCGACUCCAGACUCGAGUUUUGUGAAUCGCGCCACAACGACUCGCACCAAGAAAUUGGCUGCAGAUCGAGGCCAAUUGCCGGAGCAGCCAACAACACCCUCGUCGUGGGCACAAAGCAGACAGAAACGCAGUAACAACAGCCGGAUCAAGGCGAUUCCCGCAGCCACUAGCCAGGCGAGCCCAUCCGCUCGACAAAGCGCUGCGCAAUCGGAUAUGGAGCUGGCCAGUGGCAAGAUUACACCGUCGAGCAUUGAGGCUAUUGAUGCGGCUGCCCAUUUAAAGCUGCUCGGCGAAAGUCUGACAGUGAUUGGGGAACGCUUGAAGGAGCACAAUGGACAUGUCGCCCUCUCUGGUAGCCUCUCUGUCCUCCUAGACAGCCUCUUGUGCUCGAUGGGGCCGCUGCUCUGCAUGACAACGCAAAUACCUGGGCUGGAGAACAAGACGCAGCUAAGCACAAAUCUGGCCACAACGUUGGACAACAUUGCGUAUGUGAUGCCAGGCCUUUAAGCCAAGUUCAUAAAUAUUUGUAGGUCCCGUGUAAGUAUAAUAUUUUUAUUGGCAUAUUGUGGAGAGAACGUGUGUGUGCGCAUUUGCUCUAGGCAGAAUUAACAUUAGCAACAAUAUUGUAUAAUUUAAAUAAAAAACAAAACAAUUGUAAAUAAGUUGAAC